AGGUUUACCAAACAGGGACAUGGUAUAACGCUUUUUUCCACCAUGUUCGUCAAAAUGAAACUCAGCCUUCAGCGCUUAUCUCUCUCGCUCUAACACACACAGAGAGACACAAUUCUGGGUGUAGUCUGGUCGAAGACAUAGCACGGUAUCUCUGGGCAUUCGAUCUGAAAGCAUAAGAAUGUUUUUCCACAUAGUAUUGGAGCGAAACAUGCAGCUCCAUCCUCGCCACUUCGGCCGCGAUCUCCGAGAAAAGCUCGUCUCCAAGCUCAUGAAAGACGUUGAAGGCACUUGCAGUGGUCGACAUGGGUUCGUUGUAGCGAUUACCGGUAUUGAGAAUGUCGGCAAAGGCCUAAUUCGCGACGGCACUGGGUUCGUCACUUUCCCUGUCAAAUACCAGUGUGUUGUGUUCCGACCCUUCAAAGGAGAGAUCUUGGAAGCUGUUGUUACCAUGGUCAACAAGAUGGGAUUUUUUGCUGAAGCUGGGCCAGUUCAAAUUUUUGUGUCCAAUCAUUUGAUACCGGAUGAUAUGGAGUUCCAAUCUGGAGAUAUGCCCAAUUACACAACUUCAGAUGGAUCAGUUAAGAUUCAAAAGGAAAGUGAAGUUCGAUUAAAGAUUAUUGGAACUCGAGUUGAUGCUACAGAAAUAUUUUGUAUUGGCACCAUAAAGGAUGAUUUCUUGGGUGUGAUCAGUGAUCCAGGUGCUGCUUCUUAAUGGAAGUGAUAUUCAAUAUAUAGCUAGGAGCCUUGCUCUCAGUUUGCGUUUAAGAAAUGGGAGUGUUUCAAACUGUUGAACUACUUUUGUCUGUAAACCAACGCCCCCCCUCCCCCAAGAAGUCAUGCUAUGUGGCUUCAUCAACACUUGCUAACAUAAUGCUUACAGAUUGUUCUGCCAUUACAGUCCAGAUUUGAUAAAAUAGAAUGAAAUGCAGUAACAGUAUGUUUCUAGACUGUUCAUGAUGAUGCUACAUCGAUGAAAUGAAAAGCACUCUCUGUGUGAUAUUUUGCUGAGUACAGCACA